AUGCAUAAUCAAUCAAUAAAAAAAAUUCAAUUUUUAGAAAAUGAAAAAAAUCAUAUUGAAAUUUUAACACAAACCAAUGAAAAAUAUCAUAUAGAUCAUUUAAUUAGUGCAAUACCAGCAUUUGCAUUAGCGAAUUAUCUUGAUAAUAAGCAACAUGAAAUAUUACGAUCACGAUUAAAUCAAAUACCAUUUGUUAAUAUAAUUGUUAUUAAUUUACUUUUGGAAAAAGAAGAUAUUUUUCCUCAAGUAGCAUUUGGUUAUUUAAUUCCAUCACGUGAACAAUCACAUUUACUUGGAGUUUUAUUUGAUUCAUGUAUACGUCAUGAAAGUGAUAAACAAAAACGUGGUUCACAAUUAACUGUUAUGAUGGGUGGAGCAUGGUUUGAUCAAUUACGAUUAGGACAAUGUACUGAUGAACAAUUAAUGCAUAUUACUAUGAAUGAAUUAAAAACACAAAUGAAUUUAAAUGAAAAACCAUUAUUUUAUUCAAUAUCAAGACUUAAUAAAGCAAUACCAGUAUGUUAA